AUGGAGGACCAAAAGUCAAAGAAACCUCUCAGAAGAAUUACCAACGUGCGUAUACCGGAUAAACCGUCGUCGACGCUCUGGGACAUCACGAUCAACGAUGGGAGAAUUGCUUCGGUAGACAGCCACGUCAAGGACUCGGACGGGCGCAGUGAAGACACGCUAGAUGGAGGCAAUCGUCUCAUAGCGCCAUCGCUUUGUCAUGCCCACAUCCACCUUGACAAGUGCUUCCUCCUGCAGGAUCCCAAAUUCAGCGACUUACAAAUCGAGAGCGGCGACUUCACCGAAGCCAUGUCGAUGACGGGUGAGGCCAAGUCAAGGUUUGAGGAAGAUGAUCUCCUGAGGAGGGGCGCGCGUCUCAUCGAAGAGAGUAUCCAACAUGGUGUGACCGCUAUGCGGGCGUUUGUAGAAGUGGAUGGGGUGGUGCACAUGAAAUGUUUGGACGCAGGUCUCAAGCUGAAAGAAAUGUUCAAGGAUCGCUGUGAGGUGCAAAUCUGCGCGUUCGCCCAGCUCCCGCUAUUCUCUGGUCAAGACGGGGGUGAGGAAGUAAGGAAGCUGAUGACUAGUGCUGCCUCGUUGGAGAAGGUGGCUGUGCUCGGAAGCACACCAUAUGUCGAGGAUGAUGAACAAAAGUCCAAGGAUAACGUGAAAUGGAUCACGCAGUUAGCACUCAAAUAUCAGAAGCAUCUAGAUCUCCACCUUGACUACUUCCUGGAAGAAGACAAGAAGCCACUGGUCUGGGAUACCCUGGACAUGUUCAAAGAGCUCAAAUGGAACGAAAAGGCGGGAGACAGGCAGAUUACGCUAGGACAUUGCACCAGAUUGACGAGAUUCCGGAACGACGAGUGGACGCAUCUGCGACAAGAAGUAGGCGACCUGCCAAUCUCUUUCGUAGGCCUGCCGACCUCCGACCUGUUCAUGAUGCGAACACCAGAGAAUGUGCGCGGGACUCUGCCGGUCGUUGAACUCAUCAACGAGUACGGGUUCAAUGCUGCCAUUGCCGUUAAUAACGUGGGCAACGCGUUCACACCGUACGGGAACUGCGAUCCUCUGAGCAUUGCAUCACUAGGUGUCGGUCUUUACCAAGCUGGUACAAAGAAAGACGCUGAACUCCUAUAUGAAACCGUAUCUACACGGGCAAAGACCGCUAUUGGCUGCGAUUCGACGUCUCUCGCCCUAAAUCCGGGUCAGCCUGCCGACUUUGUGUUGUUCGACCGAAUGGACAGUGGCUGGCACUGCAGAAAGAGCGUGGUAGAGGUGGUGUAUGAUGCCGGCCAAACUCGCCAAACGGUUUUCAGAGGCCGCUUGAUUGCAUCGAAAGAUACACGAACGUAA